CUGACUACGAUGCAGCAUCUGAUUCACAAAUCGUGUUGGCAUGGAUUAACUCAUCCUCAGCAUCAUAUCAAACAUUUGUGGCAAGCCGUAUAGCUGUUAUUCAUGAGCACACUAUCGCUGAACAAUGGCGGCAUAUAAGCUCAAAAGACAACCCAGCUGACAUUCUAUCACGAGGACUGCCGCCGGGGAGACUAGAAACCUGCAAUAUGUGGUUUUAUGGGCCAACAAUCUUGCUUGGUAAAGAAGGCACUUGGCCUUCAAAGUAUUCCAAGGCAUUAUCAGUAAUCGACGAAGGUAUCAACAUGGAACGAAAAGGGGUGACAUCAGUCGCUGUUGCAACCACUGGACAUGAAGGAAGCGUACUUUAUAGCAUUCGACACAAUGGCUCUUUCAAAACAUUACAAAGAGUGACAGGCUACAUGCUGAGAUUUAUCAACCAGGCCAGAAACCAAUCGCGGGAGUCAGACAUUCCCUUGACCGUACACGAAUUGGAAAAAGCACUUGUGGUAAUCGUUCGUACAAUGCUGCAAUCGGACUUUGAGGAAGAGCUUCAGCACCUUAAAAAAUACAACGAAGUUCGCAAAAACAGUUCUUUCCGCAGCCUGUCACCGUUUCUGGACAAUAAUGGUAUCAUCCGAGUUGGAGGGCGUCUACAAGCAUCAGAACUUGUAUACGAUGCCAAACACCCUAUGCUAAUUCCACAUAACAAUUCACUCGCCAAAUUAUUAGUACAAAUGAUCCAUAAAGAAAACCGUCAUUGUGGACCUCAAGCGCUCUUAGCUUACACAAGGCAAAGAUUUUGGCCUAUAACGGGAAAAUUGCUGGCACGAUCAAUUGUGCUCAACUGUGUAAGAUGCACCAAAGCUAAGCCAAAACUAAUGAGUCAAAUUAUGGGGAACUUGCCUUCAACAAGAGUAACUCCAGCAAGACCAUUCAUCAACUCAGGCGUGGACUUCUGCGGGCCAUUUUGGGAUCACUUCAAGAUAAGGGGAAAGAAACCACAAAAGGCCUAUGUAGCGGUUUUGACACAAAGGCAGUCUUAUGCCAGAGACAAUAACAGUGCUCAUGGCAGUGAUUCCGACGAGGAAGAUGGUGACGAUGAUAGUAAUGAUGAUGCAUAA